GACAUGAGGCUAAAGCAAAAAUAAUUGUAUCUUUUGAGAGAAUUAAAAAUCAAUAGAAACCAGCACAAUAUUCCACAAUCUCAACAUGUGCUGGACUAUUACAUAAGCUCAGUUCUUCGAAUGCCAUUUAUAUUUCCAGUUAAACGCUUCUGGGUACAUUCAACGACACACAUGAGCCAUGGACUGGAUAGAAUAUGAGGGCAGGAGUGUGCAGUCAGUCAGUGUGGCCCAAAACACCUGUGUCACCUUGAUGCUACAGGACUCUCCAUCAAUACCAAUCAUCAACAGGGUGCAGGGGAGGAGGCGGCUUUGAACGACACUGCCUCUCCCUUUCCUCUCUCUCUCGCUCACUCUCUCCGCCAUGGCAGGAGGAAGGGAUCAAUGCCGUGAAUGGUCCUCCCCUCCUUGCUCACUACUCUCAUUAUUAUAGCCCAUGAAUAGUCAAUAACAAACCAACAGGCAGGAAAUGAAGGAGAAGAUGCUUAGUUCAAUGCCUGGAGUGAGUUCUUUUUCUGGAGAACUGGUUCUAACCAUGUGAGACGGACUUAUUUUGUUGCUGAGGAUUAUAGAAACUUACUUUUAUUCUAUUUGGAUUCUCUUUUUGGACUUAUCAACAGCCAUGGAGCCAUUGGUUUAAUACUGCGGUUGUAAAAUUUCACCAACCUGUGAGGAGCUGAAACUCUGUGGAGAAGCCAGAACAUUCUCCGAAGGCUGUGUUAUAAAUAUAAGACCCAGCUUUUCGUCCAGGAGCAGUGUGCAGAUGAACCGGUGUGGAGGGAAGCACAUGGUCAGCUAAGAGUGUGUGUUUUUCCGUCAGGUCGUCCCUGCAGUGUUUUGCGAGCGCUUCAGAGAGAGCCGCACACAGUGUAAUAACUGGGAGAAUGUUUCUCUGGGCUGGAAGCAAAGGAGCUCAAGGAUCUGGAAGUGAGAGAAGCAGGACCAUUUAUCAGAAGAUUCGUGGGUAUGAUGUUUUGGAGAAGAGGAGGACAGUCACAGCGCUGAAGGCUGGAGAGGACAGAGCCAUUCUCUUAGGCCUCAGCAUGAUCCUUUGCUCUGCCAUGAUGUACUUUGUGUUGGGCAUCACAAUGGUGCGCUCUUACUCAGACAGCGUUUGGACAGAGGAGUCAAACUGCACAGUACUGAACUCCGGUAUAGUUGCUGAGAUUAACUGCAGCUACAGUUGCGGCUCAGAGUGCCGGAAGAGCUCCAGGUAUCCCUGUCUUCAGGUAUACGUCAGUCUGAACUCCACCGGGAAAGUUCUGCGACUGUCAUACAACGAGGAGGCCUAUGAGGCCAACCCUGAGUGUUUUUACAUCCCAAAGUGCCGCAAGGAUCACACACUGAUGCACACUAUUGUGAUGAACAUCUCUGAGCGACUGAAAACAAACACACAGGUUUUGUGUUACUACGACCCCUCAGAGCAGCAGGACAGCGUCCUCCUGACACGUCUCUAUGGACGCGGGGCUAUCAUUAGCUCCCUCCUCUGGCCCACGUGCACGCUGGUGGGGGGCACGCUCAUCAUCGGACUGGUCAAGCUCACUCAGUACCUGUCCUUCUUGUGUGAGCAGAUCGGCCGCAUUAAAAGGAUGGGGCUCUACCCCCUAACAAGAGCUUCUCACAACAACGUCAGCACUCGGAAGUAUAAUGGCGGCAUCCAGGAUGGGGUUUGAUUGUGAACGGAGAAAGCAAUGUGCGAAUUUGUCAAUGGACCUUUUUUCUACCAUUCUGCCAUACAGCAACAGUGUUUUCACUUUCAUGUGCUCUUGCUCUGCUGUUCCAUCUGCCUUGUUAACCUUUCCUGGUUGUGUUGGCAAGGCUGAAGUGUUGAGAAUGAGAACUUCGUGUAACAUUGAGAGAUCAAUAGAGCCCCUAGUGGUCGUAGUUGGAUGUUCCUACAAUCAGACUGGGUCAGGUCCAAUCCUAAUGCUCAAGGGUCAAAAUACACAGUCAUGUUAUGGGGUCUCGAUUACACUUUCUGACCACCGGAUCGCAGAGACUCCAUUCCAAGAUGCUACUGUGUAGUGAUAUGUCUCAACCAUCUGACACUUAUGUAAUUACAGAAAUUAAAAGUAGUUUACACUACUUCCUUCAGCAGAGACUGCUGUCAUUGAUGGCUCUUUGACAAACACCUGUGGAGCAACUCAAAGCCAAAGUUCAUUUGUUGAUCACUAUACUGUAACUCUUAAAGGGAAAGAUCACCAAAAAUGAAAAUGACAUCAUUUUCUCGCCCUCAUGUUAGACCUGUAUAAAUUUCUUUCUUCUAUGGAACACAAAAUAUGUUUUGAAUGAACGUUGGGGUCCAACAACACUGGACCCCAUAGACUUUAGACAAAAAACAGAUUCAGUUUUUUCAAAAUGUCCUCUUACGUGUUCCGCAGAAGAAAGUACUCGUACUAUAUUCUGAAAGAUUUGUGUUUAUUUCCACUUCAAGAUGAAUUACUUGUAUUACUAAUUAGUUUAUCGCCUUAGAUAAAAGCAUCUGCUAAAUGAAUAAAUGUCAAGGAAGUCAUCCAGGUUUGGAACGCCAUGAAGGUGAGCAGAUGAUGACAAAACUUUA